UUCAUUUUUAACUCUUCCCUUUUUUCGCCGACACUCUCUUUCUCCAUUACUACUCUCUGCCUCCAAGCUUCGAAUCUCUCUCUCCUCUUUUAAUGGUGAUGUCUCUGAUUACUGAGCCUCCCAACAACUCCUCUUCGUCUUCCUUCUCCAUCCGCCGCCUCUCUCAUGCGCUGUCGCUCCCUUGAUCCUCCCUCCUUUAAACACUCGUCUCACCACCAGAGCAAGAAGAAGAUACUGCAAUGGCGAACAAGAACGGAGCUUUUUCUCAAUUUCUAAGUUGCUUACUGCUGAAUGAGUUGGUUUUGCUCGCUUUCUUCUCUGCCCUCCCUCUAGUGCAAUGCAACACUGAUUCUUCUGAUGUUCAAUCGCUUCAAGUACUGUAUAAUGCAUUAAACAGCCCCUCACAGCUAACUAAUUGGGAAAGUAGUGGAGGUGAUCCAUGUGUAGAGUCGUGGAAAGGGGUUACAUGCCAGGGCUCAGCCGUUGUCUCCAUCGAUAUUUCUGGGUUAGGACUCAAUGGAACCAUGGGGUACUUGCUCUCAGACCUAAUGUCACUUAAGACACUUGAUUUGAGUGACAAUAACAUCCAUGAUAUCAUCCCGUAUCAGUUACCACCAAAUCUUACAAGCCUAAAUCUUGCAAGCAACAACUUAAGUGGGAAUCUUCCGUAUUCCAUUUCUACCAUGGUUUCUCUUACUUACUUGAACGUAAGUGGUAAUUCACUUUCCCAGUCCAUUGCAGACAUUUUUGGUAAUCUUGCUGGCCUAGUGACCUUGGAUCUGUCCUUCAAUAACUUUAGUGGGGAUCUUCCAAAUUCCUUAAGUUCACUGGGCAAUCUUUCUAUGCUCUAUUUGCAGAACAAUCAAUUGACUGGUUCUCUUAAUGUGCUUACGGGUUUGCCUUUGAAUACACUAAAUGUUGCAAAAAACCAUUUUAGUGGAUGGAUUCCUUCAGAAUUUAGCUCCAUCACAACUUUCAUAUAUGAUGGGAACUCCUUUGUAAAUGGUCCAGCUACUCCUCUGCCCCCUUAUAGUCCACCUCCACCUGGGGGCACUCAUGCCAAUCACACUCAUUCUGGAAGCAGUGCUCAUAAAACCCCAACUGCUGAUGACCUAUCCUCAGAUUCACAUAAAGGAGUAUCAGCUAGACUGAUUGUUGGCAUAAUUCUUGGUUCUUUGUUUCUGGUUUCUCUUCUGCUUCUUGCUCUUGUAUUUUGCAUCCGAAAGGGUAAAAGGAAAGUAACUGGUGCACGGGCUUCAAUGGGAAGUCUCUCAGUUGGGUCAAAUCAAUCAGUAACCGCUGAGAUACAAGAGCCAAGGGUGAAAAGUGUUGCUGCUGUUGUCGAUUUAAAGCCCCUACCAGCAGAAAAAUUGAUGGUUGAGAGGGUGUCAAAGAAUGGAUCCUUGAGGAGAAUGAAGUCACGAACUACUGCUACAUCAUAUUCUGUUGCUUCUCUUCAAACAGCAACAAAUAGCUUUAGUCAAGAUAAUCUUAUUGGUGAAGGUUCUCUUGGUCGUGUUUACAAGGCAGAGUUUCCUAACGGCAGGGUAAUGGCUGUUAAGAAAAUUGACAAUGCAGCAUUGUCAUUACAAGAGGAAGAUAACUUUUUAGAAGCUGUGUCAAAUAUGUCACGGCUGAGGCAUCCAAACAUUGUUACACUGGCUGGAUACUGUGCAGAGCAUGGUCAUCGUCUUCUUGUAUAUGAAUAUGUAGGGAAUGGAAGUGUUCAUGAUAUGCUGCACUUUAAGGAUGACAGCAGUAACACACUGAGUUGGAAUGCACGUGUUAGAGUAGCACUUGGCACUGCCCGGGCUUUAGAGUACUUGCAUGAAGUGUGCUUGCCUUCAGUUGUACACAGAAACUUCAAAUCAGCAAACAUCUUACUCGAUGAAGAGCUCAAUCCCCACUUGUCAGACUGUGGCUUAGCUGCUCUAACACCAAAUACUGAGCGGCAGGUUUCAACCCAGAUGGUUGGUUCAUUUGGUUAUAGUGCUCCAGAGUUUGCCUUAUCAGGAGUAUACACUGUAAAAAGUGAUGUGUACAGUUUUGGGGUAGUAAUGCUGGAACUAUUGACUGGUAGAAAGCCACUGGAUAGUUCAAGGCCAAGAUCAGAGCAAUCACUCGUCAGAUGGGCAGCUCCCCAGCUACAUGAUAUAGAUGCACUAGCAAAAAUGGUUGACCCUGCCUUGAAUGGCAUGUAUCCUGCAAAGUCUUUGUCACGAUUUGCAGAUAUUAUUGCUCUAUGUGUUCAGCCGGAACCUGAGUUUCGCCCUCCUAUGUCAGAGGUUGUACAAGCUCUAGUACGGUUAGUGCAAAGAGCAAGCAUGGUCAAGAGGCAGUCCAACGAUGAAUCAGGAUUUUCCUACAGGACUCCCGAUCACGAGGCAAUUAACAUACCAUUUUAAGGGCACUAGCCAUCGAUCCUGAAGCUGUUACAUACAGUUUUGUAUACAAGAUGCACAGAGGUCAAGGAUGAGGAGAGAAAAUGAGAGGAAACAUACAGGAAGAGUAUCAACGCCAAUACCUGAACAAUUAUGUAAUUAUAUUCCAUACUUUCAGUUACUGUUUAUAGUUUAAAAUGCAAAUUGAGGUAUAUAUAAACUGGAAAGUUGUCCUAGAGACAUUAUGGACAUUCUGAUAUUCAUGAUGUUCUUGAGGCAUAUAAUAUAUAUAUUUUUUAAUC